UUUACUCCAAUCAUCUAUCAAAUGAGGGCGGUCGUACCUGAUUUAAAAUUUUCUCUCAACAUUAGUUGACAACCACAACAACUUAAUCGCUUGGCCAAUUAUCUCAAUAAAACCACUGAAAUUAUGUGUGCGAAGAAAUGGUAGGAACAUUGUGUAUUUUUGGCAAUAAAUGUUUGCAGUGACCUACAGGCUACAAAGUGCUAUUUUAAAGAUUGUACAGUACUAUAUUUUUGUAUCAAGAUUUAAGAAAUAUAUUUGAAGUAGUUAAACUGGAAAUCUUUAGUAAAUUGUCACCAUGGCUCUUCCAACAAUGCCUGCAUACUGGACGCAACGCUACAAGAAUAUCCAGGAGCGCAACAUGGUUUCACGGCGGCAAAACGAAGCUGAUUUUCGAGACAAAUGGGAUAACAAUGCAAAGUAUUUCCAAAAAAGGGGUGUAGAGGCAGUCAAACAAAGUGGAUGGAUGUCAGAAAGGUCUUUCCAAUCAAGUAUGGAUACAUACAGAUCACGAAAUGCCAGCGAAGAGAAGGCACAGAAACUGCAAGCUCGAAGGGAACGGCUCAAGAUUCUACUCCAAGAUGAAAAGGAUGAGUUGGAAGCUGAAUUAAGAGGGCUGUCCACAGGAAACUACAUGCGGUUAUCAGAUAUGAAAGACAGAACAAAUGAAAUUAAAAGUAAACGUGAAAGAGAACGCCAACAGAUUGCAGAUGAAAAAAUGUAUGAGCAUUGGAAAAAGAAUAAUCCAGAUUUAAGAAAACUUGAAUCAAAUAUGCAUAAGAAACAUGUUAUUCAAAGGUGGGGAGAACAAAUCCAGGAAACGACAGAUAGGAGGACUACAGCGAGAGAACAAGAAAGGAAAGAUGAUUAUAGAUUAGAGAUGGAACGGUUGGCAGCCAUAGAGAAGGACCAUCAGGCACAGGAGGCCAGGUUACAGGAGGAGAAGAUACGAGCAAGUGAACUGAAAGAGCAGAUGAUGGAGUUGAAGCAACGCGAGUUUGAAGCUGAAAAACUGAAGAACGAAGAAGCAGCGUUAAUGCAGGAGCAAUGGGAGUUAGAGAAAUUGGAGGAAGAGCGAUAUAAACUUGAAGAACAGCGUAAACAGACACAGCUUGGUCAGUUUCUGUCUCGUCAAUACAAGGCUCAACUGAGACGAAAAUCACAAGAAGUUCAAAAAGCAUUAGAAAUGGACAGAAAAAUUUUGGAAGCUUUAGCAGAGAAAGAGGAGGAGGACAAAGGAUUGCAGAGUGCACGGCGUGAGAAGGCACAAGCAGAUGCAGCGUGGAUGAGACAAGUUGUUGACGAGCAAAUACAACUGGAGAAAGCCAGAGAGGCUGAGCUUGACAUGCUUUAUAGGGAAGAAGCCCAGAGGCAGUGGAACAAGAGAGAAGCUGAAUGGGAACGAGAAAGGUUGGCUAGGGAACGACUCAUGUCAGAGGUCUUAGCUGGACGGCUGACACAGGUUAAGAGUAAGAUAGAGGAGAACCAACGAAGACAAGAAGAAUCUCUCCAGCAAAGAGAAGAUUUACUACGUGAGCUUGAGGUUGCUCAACAGAUGACGGCACGAGAUAAGGCCGCAACUGCACGACAGAAGCAGCAAACGCAUCGUGAGAUCCAAGACCAAAUCUCCGAAAAGAAUGAGAGAGUUCAGAAAGCUAUUAGGCGAGAACUGCAAGAGAAGCAAAUGGAAGAAGAAGCUGAACGUGGGUAUGAAGAAAUGCUUCGUCAAGAAGCCUCAAGAAUGUCAUUGCAUGGAUAUGAACCACAGUCACAUCCUAGGACACGACGGUCAGCAUGGGAUUGAGAUUUACAGUAAAAAAUCUAGACCAGAUGGUGCAAUUAGUCAUUGAUUUUAGCAAUGUCUUGGUUACUUCCAACUUGAUUAACUUGGUCAAUUUUGUUAACUAUGUCAACUUGGUCAAUUUACUUAACUUGGUCAACUUGCUUAACUUAGUUAACUUGGUAAACUUAAUUAAUUGGUCAACUUGCUUAACUUAAUUAACUUGUUUAGCUUGAUUUUAUGGAUACUCAGGAUAGAUGUGUGAAAUAUCCCAUACCCAAGCAAAUGUUCAUUCUAACCAGCCUCCAUUUAACCACUAUUUAGUAAACUUUUAGUUUACUAAUAACUGUAGCCUGCCCUCUACGCUGAUUUUGUGUAUUUUGAAACUAGAAGAAAAUGUGUGUAAUCAAUUUAAAUAAUAGAGGUGGUUUGGCGCAGCGAGAAAAGUUUGGUUUCCCAACCCUCGAAGUUGGAGUUUUAAUUCCCAGCUGUACAUUUUGCUUGUAUCCUUGAGCAAGGCACUUUGCCUGCAUUUCUUCUCUCUACCCAGUAGUAUAAAUAGGUACCUGGUGGGGUUAAAUGCUCCUGCGCCAAUUACCAGCAGCAACACUUAAGCAUGUGGAUCCAAUGACCAGGGAAAAAGAAGCGCUUUGUAUCUGCAAAGAAAAGGCGCUAUAUAAAUGAUAUACAAUAAUAACGAUUUUAUUGAAAAUAUUACAGUAGUCCAUAAUAGUGAAAGUCUGAAUGUGCUACAUAAGGUACUAUUGUAUAUCAUCUAUCCAGAAUGCAGUGUGCUUCAUUAAGUACAGAUUGUAGUAUUUUUUAACUGAAUCUUAAGCUUUGCCCAGGCUACCAAAUUUUUUCAACAAAAAAAACCUGUUGUAAGCCCAUAUAUAGUCAUGAUGUGAUGUCAUCAUGACCAUAUUAAGGCAUGUCACAUGUUUUUGUCAAAUAUAAAUUGAUAGUCAAGACAGGGCUGUAGAACAUGUUUAAUGUUUUUCAUUACUUAUCCUACAGUCUAACUUUAGGUUACCUAGAACCCGGACGUUUGUUGGAAAGUGUUUGUAGAGUUCAUCCGUGGUUUUAAGUCAUUUUUAGAUCAUUAUUUUUUAAAGAUAAUUUAAUUGUAAUAUAAAGCUGAAUGUUGAUAGGGCUAUUUCUAGAGUUUAUAAACGAUUGUUAUGCACUCUGUAUAUUAUGUGUUUUUAUAUUUGCCUGAGAAAUAGUAAUUCAAGUUUCACACUGAAUAUUAAACAUGAUCUUAUCUUGUCUCUUCAUUCCAGCGUCUUUUGUAUGUACACUAGAUUUAAAUUUGAUAGUUUCAAUUUAAGUAAAGUUCAUACUGAAGAAAUUAUGUAUCAAAUUUUAGAAAAGUCUCAUUAUUUGAAAUAUGAGACUACAACCAAAUUUGUAUUGUGUGUCCUAAUGAUAUACAGUAUUAAUUAAUUGAUUGUAUUUUUACAAGUUUACAAAUGUAUGUAGUAUAUAUGAACUCAAAGGCAAAAUAACAUUUUGGAAAA